GUGCUGCACGACCAACUCCACCCAUCGCCUUAAAAUAAACAUCGCUUUCUUUUGAUUACAACUUCAUAUAUACACACUUAUAUAUAUUCAAGGUUCUCGUCAAGAUAAUCGUGCCCAAUCGUUUCAACAUAGUCAACCGUCUGUCUUGCAUCCGACGAUCCUAUCCUGUUCAAGAGGAAAUCUAUCCCCGAGGCUUUCGUCAGUAUUACUUCAGGCUUCCAAAUUCCAUUUUCCUGCUGCCUAUGGCGGAGUCUCAAUCACUCCUGUCCUGACCAAGCGAUCAAUAUUGUUCCUGAUCAGCCAUCGUUGUCCCCAUUAAGUUCGUGUGUAUAUCUUCUGAAGUUCCAAAAGAUACAGCCUCGAAAAUCAUUUUUAUCGUUCGAGAAAAUCUACAAUUGUUUUUUGUAUCUAAUUCCCCCACGUUUACGCUUCACACCGGAAUAUCAUUAAACGCUCCAAAGUCUUGCGAUCUCACAAUACCUCGGAUAGCUGGCUGAGAUCUUUCUGAUUGAGAUCUGAUGAUAAGAACAAAACAAAACAUCUGAUUCUCCUCUGUUUGUUGUUUGUUUUGCUCAAAGAGUUUGGUUUGGGAUUCGGCGGGGCUCAAUUGAGGGGCAUCAAGCGACUUUCCUCCUAAUCUCGACACAAUUAAGACCGUGGGUAGAAAACCGUCGUGGAUAGUGCAUCCUCGAAACCAAAACACCUAAAAUCAUCUUAAAUGGUCACUAUGAAUCUCAACCUACCUAUACGGACUGCUAGUCGAAGAAACGAUGAAAGUCGAAACCACUACAUCUCUGGCAACCAUACUCCCACCUCUUCAACCGAGGCAAUUGCUGGACCAAUACGAGAGCCAGCACCCGUCAAUGAAAGAUUAAUUGUUGGACUGGAUUUCGGGACAACAUAUUCUGGCGUUGCUGUUGUGUACACAUCGAACCCCGAUGAUGUAGAUAUCAUCAAAACUUGGCCCGGAAGUAACGGAAUUACAUCUGAUAAAGUGCCAACAGAAAUUGGAUACUCCAAACCUCCAGGAUCGCCAGUUGGAACUGAACCGACGAUAAAAUGGGGCUGUCAAUUUCGUCCCGAGGAACCUCGACUGCGAUGUAUCAAACUUUUUCUCGACCGAUCUCAAAAACUACCUUUCUAUGUUAGUCCGGCUGAAACUGCCAACCAGCUGAAAGAGCAUAGCAAAAAUGUCGUCGAUGCUGUCAGUGAUUACUUAACUCAAAUCUACAAGCAUACUAUGGAAACCCUAACCCGCCGAUAUGGAGAAUUAUUCAUGUCAACUACGAAAGUCGAAUUUGUUCUUACCUGUCCAGCAGUCUGGUCUGAUGCAGCGAAGAAUACCACACUUCAAGCUGCAGAGAGGGCAGGAAUGGGUGACAAGUCGGCAAUUCAGAUGAUCAGUGAGCCUGAGGCUGCUGCGGUCUAUACCUUGAAAGCCAUUCAACCAAAUCAUCUACAAGCUGGUGACAACUUUGUAGUAUGUGAUGCCGGAGGUGGCACUGUUGAUCUCAUCGCCUACAAAAUUAUAUCUCUGAAGCCGUUGCAAGUAGAAGAGUCCGCUGUAGGCACUGGCGGGCUUUGCGGGAGCGCGUUCCUCAAUUAUCGAUUUGAGGAACAUUGCAAGAGUCGGAUAGGAGUUGCACGGUUUGAAGAGAUGAAAAUGAAGAAAGCCAAGUCAUGGCAAAUGGGGCUGAAAUACUGGGAAGAAUACGUGAAGCGAGAUUUCGACGAAGAAAACGAUACAGAAUUCAAUAUUCCUCUCCCUGGCCUAGCAGAUGACAUAGAUGCUGGUCUGGAUGGUGGAUUUUUUAUUAUGACAACUGCUCAAGUCAAAGAUAUUUUCGAGCCAGUCGUCAAAGAGGUGUGCGAUCUAGUUCAAGGCCAAGUUGAUGGUAUUAGACAAAAAGGGGGUAUCGUCUCGGGUAUUGUGCUUGUGGGAGGAUUUGGACAAAGCAAUCAUUUAUAUAAAAGAUUAAAAUCACAUUUCAACAGUGCAGCGCCACCACCUUACAGCGAACGACCAACUCACGCACAAUCUAUGGCCAUGGCUGAAAGCAAUUCUGUAGAGGUUAUGCAGCCUAUCAACGCAUGGACUGCCGUGGUCCGAGGAGCGGUUCUCAAAGGAUUGGAAGGAAGCGUGGUGGUAUCCAGAAAAGCGCGGAUGCAUUAUGGAACUUCUUAUGCAACGGUAUAUGAUGAGGAUAAACACAAUGUUAGUGAGAGAUAUUGGAGUCCAUUAUGGGAACGUUGGAUGGUCAGCGAUAGGAUGCAAUGGCAUCUAAACAAGGGUGAUACUCUCAACACAGACACUCCCAUCUCUUUCCACUAUACGCGCAAUUUCCGCCCAGGGCAAUCGUUAAUCGUAUCCGAUGAUCUUAUUGCUUGUGAUUCGGACGGCGAACCACCGGCAUCCUACACGAGGGACCUAAUAAGCGUGUGCACGCUCACCACGGAUCUGGGAGCCGUACCAAAGAGUCUGUAUACGAGAUUGACGACUACGAGGGGAGUGGAAUUUCUCAAUUUAGAUUUCACUCUCGAGAUGGUGGUAGAAAGCGCCGGGCUGGCGUUUGAAUUAAAAGUGGAUGGGUAUAGGUAUGGAAGAGUGGAAGUCGAAUUUCAUUGAGGGGCAGAUCGAGAUGAUAUUUUGAGAUGAUGCCAUGAUCAUUUGCGUUGCAUGCAUCCAUAUAUAUAUAUAUACUAGCGAUAUCAAGAGCAUCUAGACUUUUAUAGUGAUCAUCAAUCAAUUUAUUAAAUUCUUUUGAGAUUUUCUUGCA